AUGCUGGAUCCGCAGUGGAUGUCUUUCGCGACAGGCUGUCUGGCCGUGUUGCUAGCCGGUCUGAUCUGUAUUCCGGCUAUCAAGAGUAUCACUAGCCGAGUCGCCCGCAAGGCGGCCCGGGAAGAUGAGCAGUCACUGGCAAAGGUCGCCUAUCGUGAUGACGACGGCGAGGCAACCGAGGAGUCACUGCGGGCCUUCUCGGAUAAAUGGCAGCGAAUCUUGAUCACCCUGACCUCGAUCUCCGGACUACUAGUCACGCUGGCUCUAGCCGUUCUGACAACGUUGAAGGACAUCACCAACUAUACGUCCCUCGCAUGGCUGCAAUUCGGUGUCUGGGUCUUUCUCUCCAUUCAAACGAUCGUCUUUUUCACGGAGCCACGGCCAACACGCCGAUUUGACCACGCCGGCUAUGCACUUUGGGGCAGUUUCAUCGCCGUAGCAUUUGCCGGGGCGCAGAUUACCCUGGCUUCUUACGGCGGCAAAGCCCUUCCUCACACCCGAGCCUGGGUCAUUCUGCUGAUCGUGCAGAUUGCCUGCGCACUCUUCCGAGGCUUGUUCUGCGCUCUCCUGCCGCGCCGACCCGACGUGUAUUUCGAGGGCCAACUGGUAGACCAGCAAUUGACUGUCUCCGUACUCCGCCGAUUCACAUUUUCCUGGGCCAGCACUCUUCUCCAGUAUGCAGUUAAAAACAGGACACUGAAUAUCGAUAGUCUUCCGAAGCUGCCAUUGUCCGUGCGCGCACACAUCCUGCGAGCCAACUUCGAACGAGCCCUGGGAUCGCGAAAGAUUUGGAAAGCGAUCAUCUUCGCUCACUACAAGUCCAUUGGGCUGCAGAUAAAGUGGACGCUGGCCGCCUGCUUUCUGAGUUUCGGUCCCCACGUCGCUUUGUAUAAUAUCUUGAACUCCAUGGAAGCCCGCGGAAUGGAGUCGUGGGCUGCCGCCCAAUCUUGGAUUUGGGUUUUUGCCUUGGGAAUCCUGAUGCUGGCGGCUUCCAGCAUUGAGGCCUGGAUGUUCUGGGUGAUUUGCCAUCGACUUGGUCUUCCCAUUUACGAGGAACUAUCCGCCACGAUCUUUGCCAAGGCUAUGCGCAGGAAGGAUGCGAGGCAUACCAAGAAAUCUAAAGAUGCGGAUAAUAAGCCUGAUGCCUCGUUCAAGGCACUACGGGAAGAGCAGGAAGAACAAGAUGAUGACGAAGAGGCCCUGAAGAAAAGCCGACAGAGCGUCAUCAAUCUUGUUGCCGUGGACGCUCGGCGGGUUGCGGACUUUGCAAACUUUAACUACCUCAUCCCGCUUGCCACAAUCAAGGUGCUUCUGGGCUGUGGUUUCUUGGUUAAUAUUCUUGGAUGGCGCAGCACAAUGGCCGGUCUGGGUAUUUCGGUUCUCGUCACGCCGCUAAAUAUCUACGUCGCCAAGAAGUACAAGAAGGCGCAAGACCGACUGAUGAAGGCCCGAGAUCAAAAAAUGGCCGUCGUGACGGAGGCACUUCAGGGAAUCCGGCAGAUCAAGUUCUCUGCUCUAGAGGAGCAGUGGCAGCAACGCAUCGUGGAGGCGCGGGAGACGGAGCUGACGGCUUUGUGGACCUCGGUCCUCUAUGAUAUCGGCCUGAUCUCAAUUUGGAUUCUCGGGCCUGUUGGGCUGUCAGCUGUGUCUCUCACGGUCUGUGCUCUGAUUAAUGGUGGUCUGGAGGCGUCAGUUGCUUUCACGGCCAUGUCAGUCUUUGGGUCCCUGGAGCAAUCGCUGGCUAUUAUCCCAGAAGUGAUAGCGGAUGGUCUGGAAGCGAAGGUCAGCGCAGACCGCAUUGAUAAGUACAUGAAGACGCCUGAUAAGGUCGUCAACACGGUCCGUGCUGAGAACAUUGCUUUUGAAAAUGCCUCGGUGGCAUGGCCCGCAGAUCAAACAGAGAACGAGGCAGUGGAUGAGGACCGGUUUGCACUUCGAAGCUUGGAUCUGGCUUUCCCUAUGAAGAGUCUCAGUGUAGUGUCUGGUCGAACUGGAUCUGGAAAGAGCCUGCUGCUUUCAUGCCUGUUGGGAGAAUGCGAAGUUCUCGAAGGAACAGUCAAAGUUCCUGUUCCCCCUCCUAUCAAUGACCGUUUCGAUCACCUGGCAACCUCCGCUAACUGGAUCAUCGACUCUGCCAUUGCCUACGUUGCCCAGAUUCCGUGGAUUGAAAACGCAACGAUCAAAGACAAUAUCCUAUUCGGGCUACCGCUCGACCCAGAGCGCUAUCAGAAGGUGGUAUUCGCAUGUGCCCUGCAAAAAGAUUUCGAAAUGCUUCCCGAUGGUGAACUGACAGAUAUCGGCGCCAAUGGCGUCAAUCUGAGCGGCGGCCAGCGGUGGCGCGUAUCAUUGGCUCGGGCAUUGUAUUCUCGCGCGGGCAUUCUCAUUAUGGAUGACGUUUUCAGCGCCUUGGAUGCCCACACGGGCCGUCAUGUCUAUGAACAUGGUCUUACUGGAGAACUUGGUCAGAACCGCACUCGGAUUUUGGUCACGCAUCAUGUCGCCCUGUGUCUUGCUCGUACGGACUACUCGGUGCUUCUGGAAAACGGUUGUGUCAAGUAUGCGGGCACGAUUGAUGAGCUGAAAAAGUCAAAUCACCUGGAAGAUAUCCUGCAAGAAAAUGUUGCGGAGGGGGAUCAUGUCGCCGCCGAGGGCGAUAAAAUUCUCAAUGAAGAAGAAACAACGCUUCAGAAAGUCAUCUCGAAUACCUCUCGUCAUCAUCCGAGUACGGCAAUGAACGGCGCUAUUGCGGCUAAGCCUAUGAGCACCAAACCCCCCAGGAAAUUUGUUGAAGAGGAAAAGCGCGAGACUGGCAAGGUCAAGCUGGCCGUAUACGCGGCUUAUUUAUCCAAGGCUGGUCAUUGGACUUACUGGCUGAUGGCAAGCGUGGUCUAUCUCAGCAGUUUGACGCUCAUGGUCGGACGAGCGUGGUGGGUCAAUAUUUGGACCGGUUUUUCAUCCAACACACAGACGCAUCUCGAGUAUUUCUCUGCUCUCCUGCAGCAUCCGAUGAAUGGAACGAGAACGACUCGUGGAGACGACAAUCUCGCUAUGUAUCUGAGCGUCUAUGUCGGCAUUUCAGUGCUUGCCUGUGUGGUUGGAACAGCUAAAUACUAUUUUAUGCUCAACGCCGCCCUCAAGGGAUCGAGGAACCUGUUCAAAGGGCUGAUUUUCACCGUGCUUCGCGCUCCGCUCCGAUGGCUCGAUACCGUUCCCCUUGGACGAAUCCUCAACAGAUUCACUGCGGACUUCCAUAUGAUCGACUCUCGACUCGGGUACGAUAUUGGACUCACGGUUACCAAGAUCCUGGAGGUGUUCGGGGUCCUGGUUGCCGGCAUGCUUGUCUCGCCCGUGGUGAUCAUCUUUGCCGUGGCUCUGCUUUUGGUUUCGCUCAAGCUGGCUCUGAUUUAUUUGGCUGGCGCGCGAGAGAUUAAGCGCAUUGAGUCGAUUGCCAAGAGCCCUGUGUUUGAGCAAUUCGGGUCCAGUCUGGCCGGCCUAGUGACCAUCCGCGCCUUCAACAAGAGUGAUACCUACAUUGGAAUUAUUUACAACAAGAUCAACUGUCAUGCCCAGGCCUGGUGGAAUGUGUGGCUGUUCAACCGCUGGCUUGGAUUCCGGAUGAACCUCCUUGGUGCGAUCUUCGCAACUUUGACCGCAGCCCUUGUCGUUUACGUGCCCGGCAUCACAGCCUCUCUGGCAGGAUUCGCUCUUAGCUUUGCCCUGCAGUACAACUCGGCUAUUUCAAUGGCCGUCCGCCAGUAUGCCAACACCGAGCUGAAUAUGAACGCUACCGAGCGUGUUAUCGAGUACUCCUCCACCGAGCUUGAGAACCAAGGCGGUGCUGAUGCACCCGCCGCCUGGCCCACGGAAGGACGGCUGGAGAUCUCCGACUUGGUUGUUGGGUAUGCGCCAGACCUGCCUCCUGUGCUAGAUAGACUGAGUUUCACCGUCGAGAAGAACCAGCGAGUCGGCGUGGUCGGCCGGACAGGUGCGGGCAAGUCUUCAUUGACUUUAGCACUGUUCCGGUUCCUUGAAGCGCGCGAAGGUCGAAUUCUAAUUGACGGGCUAGAUGUGUCCAAGAUCAAGCUUCAUGAUCUGCGCAGCCGGUUGGCCAUUAUCCCGCAGGACCCGGUUUUGUUCUUUGGGACAGUGCGCUCAAAUUUGGACCCGUUCGGCGAAUAUAGUGACAAAGACCUGUACGAUGCAUUGGUACGCGUUCAAUUGAUCUCUUCUACCUCUGAUGGCAAUGAGAUUCUGAUUUCACGCACUGCCACGCCACGACCCUCAGGCUGCACCGGCGUAACGACGUCAGAGACAGCUACCGCAACCGCCAAUGCCAACGCCAACAUCUUUACAUCUCUCGGCGCCACAAUUUCCGAAGGCGGCCUGAAUAUUUCACAAGGACAGCGACAGCUCCUGUGUCUGGCCCGGGCUAUCGUCGCCCGCCCCAAAAUUAUGGUGCUAGACGAAGCCACCUCCGCCGUGGACACAGAAACCGACGCCCUGAUCCAGACGUCUAUCCGCGCGGAGUUCGGACGCAACGCCACCACCCUGCUGGUCAUCGCGCACCGAUUGAGCACGAUUGCGGAUUUUGACCGGAUUCUUGUCCUCGAUGCCGGCAAGGCGGUUGAGUUUGGCUCUCCGAAGGACUUGAUGGGUAUUAAAAGCGGGGUGUUUAAGAAUCUGGUGGAUAACAGUGGGGAGAAAGAUGUGUUGGAAAAGAUGAUUUUCGGCUGA